ACUUACGCGGCGGCUGCGAUGAUAGGCGAUAAAGAAAAUAAAGGCGAGAACGCUGAUAAAGCACAGAUAUCAUGGGACCGGAGUGAUCCAUGCGCUGCCGACUGCCAAGUGUCGCUGGUUUUCGUUUCAUUCGUGCUAACCGCGUUCGACAAAAUCCGUUCAUCUAAAACUAAAUACAUUUAUUGUGUCUUCCGAAAGUGUUAAUUAAGCAGAGGUAACAAGCGGAACUGUCUCUUUUGGUGGACAAGUAAUAACAUUAUAUAAAAGCGAAUAUGAAUGAAUAAGAAGAUUGAAAUGUUAAAGCUCAAUUAUGGAAAACUAUACGUCGGAGGACUCCAGCGAUUCGGACAGUUUGAGAACAUUGGAUUUAUCAUAUCUGUCACUGGAUGAUGAAAUAAUGGAUAAGCAAUUCCUUAACACCAAGUACCCGGAGCACGUGGACACUUUAUUAUUGAGUCAAAACCGUCUCACAACUCUUCCUAUCAGUAUCAAUAGGUUUACCAGUCUAAAUUCUCUUGAUAUUUCAAAUUGCGGCCUUACCAAAUUGCCAAAUUUUUGGGAAGAUUGCCCUUUGACUUGUUUGAUCGCAAAACAUAACAAUCUGACCAAUGAUGGAUUAGCUAAAGAUUUCGAAAAUUUAGCUAACUUGAGAGAACUCAAUUUAAGCGGCAAUAGACUCACGGAAUUUCCUAAUCAAGUACUCGAUCUAGCUCUUUUGAGAUACCUUUAUUUGGGUGGUAAUCGUAUCAAUGAGAUUAGCAAAGAUAUCUGGAAAUUACAAAGAUUACGAAUUUUAUCAAUGGGAGAUAAUAGAUUAACAGAGGUACCAUCCACUCUCGGUCAACUCAAAACCCUACAAGCUCUUGUACUUUGUGAUAAUAUGCUAGAGAGUUUGCCAAGUUCGAUAGCCAAUUUAACGAAUUUAAAAACUUUAUCACUUCAUAAAAAUAGAUUACGGACAUUGCCUACCGAAAUAAUAAAAUUGAAAUGUUUAACGGAACUAUCUCUACGAGACAAUCCGCUGGUGGUGAGAUUCGUAUCUGACAUGACGCACAAUCCGCCGACAUUAUUGGAACUAGCGGCGCGUGUCAUCAAAAUCAGCGACGUUCGCUAUGAUGAUGAGACUCUACCGCGCAAUCUAGUGCAGUAUCUUAACAGUGCUCACCAUUGUGUCAAUCCCAAAUGCAAAGGAGUUUUCUUCAAUAAUCGGGUGGAGCACAUCAAGUUCGUUGAUUUCUGCGGCAAGUAUCGCUUACCACUGUUACAAUACUUAUGUAGCAGCAAGUGUAUUGAAGUACGCAAUAGCGAUGAGGAGCUUGUGAGCGGCGCCAUGAUUAGGAAGGUACUUCUCGGCUAAUGAGCUCUUGAAGAUAUAUUUCUGUUCUGAAAAUUUUUUCCACGACUAUUUCGCCAUCACUUUGAGAUUCAACUGAAACAGUUUUUACUUUUUAAAAUCUGUUUUUAUCAAUGAUAUGAAAUCUAUAUAGACAUAUAUAAGGGAAUAAAAAUAUGCACUGAGAAAAAAU